UGAGAGAGUGCGAAGGCAGGGGGGACUGACGCAUAAUGUAAUCAGAAGCACACAGUCCAUCAUUACUCUCUCAGUCUGGUUUUCUCCCACUUCACUGACAACAUGAAGCUGCGGAUGGUCCUGCUGCUCACGCUUGUCACACAAGUUUUGGCUGAAGAAGAGUCAUGUAUGGGUCGCUGUGAAAAUGGCUUCGACUCUCAGAGGCAGUGUCAAUGCGACACCAUGUGCAAGUACUACCAGAGCUGCUGCACUGACUUUCAGGUCGUCUGUGGAAUGAUAACCCGUGGAGACACUUUUACUUUUGCAGAGGAUGACGACGAGGACGAGUUAUCUGAAGUUACCACUCCCGCCCCAGACCCGUCGGACCCAUCUCCAGCUAGCCGCCAAUAUCACAUGAUGCCCACACUAGAGGCCGCUAAGGACUUCAGACAACCACAGCGUCCAGAGAGCACAUUAGAAAUAAGCAGACCACAACGAAUCUCCCUAAUCCCUCACGGACACAGACUACACGUAUCCUUCACAGUCAACCCUACUACAGAGAUUCCCACCUCAGCUGCCCCACCCGAGGCGACCACGGCCCCCGUCACCACUGGCGCCACUAAAGCUCCAGACCCAGAUGCUGACGUCUGCAGCGGGAGGCCAUUCGAUUCGUUCAUGCAGUCGAAAAAUGGGUCUGUCUAUGCGUUCAGAGGCAAGUAUUUCUUUGAACUGGACCAGAGGUCUGUGGUUCCUGGAUUCCCAAAGCUAAUUCAGGACGUGUGGGGCAUCGAGGGGCCGAUCGACGCUGCCUUCACCAGAGUCAACUGUCAAGGAAAAACUUACAUCUUUAAAGGGUACAAGUACUGGAGGUUUGAUAACGGAGUGCUGGAUGACGACUAUCCUCGAGAUAUCAGUGUGGGAUUCGACAAAAUUCCCGAUCACGUGGAUGCAGCUUUUGCCCUUCCUGCCUCUGGUCACCAUGGAAAAGAAAGAGUAUACUUUUUUAAAGGGGAGCAGUACUACACGUAUGAGUUUUUUCACCAGCCGUCUCAUAAAGAGUGCAUCACCAUGUCCGAACGUUUCCCAUCCACACCCUUCAGGCAGUACACCGACAUCUACUACAACAACUACGAAAGCUUCUUCAGCAGCCUCUUUUCCGACCUCCCUCAGCAUGAGGACCAUCACCAUUUCAUCAACAAAGACUGGAAAGGCCUCCAGUCUCCUGUGGAUGCUGCCAUGGCGGGGAGGAUCUAUGUGAGCCCAGGGAGGCCCACACCACGCCGCAACAACUACGACCGGGACCAGUGGUGGAACCAGCAGUAUGGACAGCAGUGGAACCAGCAGUAUGGACAGCAGUGGGGGCGUAGGAGGCAGAACCGUUCACCCCAUUGGGGUUCGAUGGCAGAGCAGGGAAUGAAUAUGGGUCAGGAGAUGGCUGAGAAAGGGAUGGAGAUGGGACUGAGGUUGGCAGAGAGGAGGAUGGAAAUGGAGGAAAGGCUGGGACGAGACUGGAGCAGACGGUGGGACCAAGACUGGGACCAGGACAGACGGAGAGACCGGUACGGCAGCAACAACAGAGGCAACUAUGAUUCCAGAAACGACAGGUCGUAUCGGAACAGGGCCUGGGGUCAGCCCACGCAGAGCGUCUACUUCUUUAAAGGAGAUAAAUACUACAGAGUGGACCUCAGCACCAAGAGAGUUGACCCUGCCUCACCUCCGUAUCCCAGAUCCAUCGCCACGUACUGGCUCGGUUGUUCUGACCCCAAAGGAGCAGAGAAGUAGGUGAUCGGAAAUAAUACUGACUAUAAACCUCGACUAUAACUUCACUUUUCUUUCGUGUUGGUUGUGAAAUAUGUGUUAAAAAGAAUGUUCAGCUUGAGAAAAAAAAGAGCUGCUUUCUGCUCCGGUGGUUAUUGAUUUGACUAAAGUCCAAGCUCUGCCUGUUGUAGUCAAAGUUCAGCAGCUUGACCUCCUGUGCUCGGUGUUGUUGUCGAUGCGUAAUCUGUCCUUUACAUCAGCUGACCCACUUUAACCUACGCAGCCCUAAGCAUUAACUUUACGUGGUUUUGAUGUUUUCGUACAUUCUCGUCAUAUCGUCAGAACACAUCAUUUCAAAACGAAUGUUUUAUUGGAUAAAAAUAUACAGUACGUUGAUAGUGGAAAGAUAUUUACAGCAGACAAUCUCAAGCUGUCCAAAAUUACACACUUUAGCAAUGAUGUGUCCUUGGGCAACGGCAGCAAAAGAAAAAACAAAGGUCAGAGGUCACUGACAGCAGGGUUCAUCCUUCAGGACACAACUGCUGGUCUGGUAUAUUUGGUCUGCUCUGUUUAUAUAUAUAUAUAUAUACAUAUUACAUACAUAAUGUCAGUUUUUUUUCUAUAAGGUGUUUGCCACAAAAUGUCACAAAGGAAUAAAAAAUGUGUUACUGCGAUAAAUAAAAGGAAAUGGCACUAGUACAAUGUUCCAAAGUUUCUGUUCCAUCAAAUAAAACAAGCGGGUCCAGACGUUAGCCAAUACGCUGUACUCCUGUAAUGACCACCAAAAUGUGUGCAUGUGUUUGUUGCCCUCAGUAAAAACAGGGAGUACUUUGAGGUUUAAGAUUCAGUUUCAGGUUAGGAUUAGGGUUAGGAUUAAGAUUAGCAAUAUACUUGGUUAAGAUUAGGGUUAGGAAUGCAUUUUUUGUUUACGUGAAGUACUCAAACUCAAUAAAGUUUCUUUGCCUAAACAUUUA